GGUGCAGGAAAAGUGCCAAGAAUCGGCUUUACUAUACAAGUAAUAGUAUAAGUGCGGAAAAUUUCCAGUGCCGCCCUAUGUUUCGCCUUCCCACACAGGAUCAGUGUGUAGUCUGGCUGCACCGCAUCCUUUUGCUGAUCUUCACCGUUUGGCAUCACUGCAGCAUGUCUAUGAGUCGCAGUCGCAGCGAGGCGCUCAAGUGGAUUAGAAAGCGUUUCUCACGCUCGCGGCGUCAGCCCCCAGGGGCUGACACGAACACGGAAAGCGCAAAGUCAACAGCAAAAACAACAACAACAACAACAACAACUGGGCCAUUGGCAGUAGAGGCAAGAGCAAGAGAGGCAGCAGUUGGAUUGGAAGCAGGCAUUGAAAGCGCUGAAUUAGCGGCGGCUGGCCAUUUAAGCGAAGUCUUGGUGCUGAAUGACACGCAAAUUGAUGGCGCAGGAGCAGCAGAACGAGCGUCCGCACUAGCGCCGCCGGGAGCAGUGGCCGGCGACAUGCACGGCGGAGCGAAUGAGGCCAACAAAAUGGGGCGUUGCACGGCGCCCAUAGCGCGCAACGAAGAUGAAGAUGAACCGCAACCGUCGCAGAAACGAAGCCCGAGACGCUGCAGCGCAGCAAGUCGCGUGUACGCACGUAUCUCAAGAAAUGCAAGGAACGUUUAA